AGCACAUGUGUAUUAGCCCGAAUGGCGGGAAAAUCGGGCCCUUUUCCGGAGGGAAACUAAUCUGACUGUUCGUAGUUUUACGAUUCAUUUUCUGCCCUAGCAAUCCAUCGCUCUCCCUCUCUGCUCUGGUCUCCUACGAUGGGCGAUUCCGAAACCGAAACCCUAGGCAUCCUAGAAGAGAUUCAAGCCCUUGUCUCCGACAAGCUUCAAGUGGUUUCCUACAAGUGGCUGAGUCGUAACUUUUUGCUGUCAUCGAAUGCUUCAAAGAGGAUGCUUCAAGCAUUUGUUGAAAAACAUGGAAAUGGGUUGGAAAUAGUCUAUACGUUGUCUGGCUGGUUGAAGAAUAAUCCUUCGGUCUACCAUAUAAGGCUUGUUUGUGGGCCAAAACUUGAAGAAGCCAAAAAAGAAUUUGAUGGCAAUUGCUCGGUUCAGGUGUAUAGUGUGCAAGCUUGCAUCCCAAAGGAUCCGGCAGCACUUUGGAAUGCUGAAUUUGUGCAAGCAGAAGAACUAUGUAGGCAGCCCCCCACAAUUGACAAUUGCUUGCGAGAUAACAGGUUCUGUGGAAUUUCAAAUUUUUUCGUCAAGCGCAAUGUUGAUGGAACAGCUCUCAGCACUGCAGCUCCACAACCCAAGACUUCAGGGCUGACAGGGUUGAGCAGAAGUAAUUCAACAAAUCAAAAUGUGGCUACCUCUCAUUCUCAGCAGAAGAAAGUCCAACAAUCAAGCCCCAAGGUCAGUGUAGUGUCUCCCAAUGUGGUAAAAGAUGUUAAAACUGAGAGUCAUAUUACAGGAGGUCAAGAGAGACCUCCUGAAAAAGAAAAAGUUCCUCAAUUGCCUGCUAACAAAAAGAAAGCCCAUAAGGAUAAGAACACUUCAGGAAAUGGGGGCUCAUUAGCAAAUAUGUGGGAUCGGGCAUCCAUAAAGUUGAAGCCUGGCAGCACCACCAAAGAAGCUAAUAAUACUGUUUCAGACGCCACUGCUAGUGCAGAAGCUCAAAUAUAUGCUCAAGAAGCAACAGAGGCUAUAAGUAGUGAUGAUGAUGAUGGCCUGCGUGUUAACUUGAAGAGAGCAUCCAAUGGUGAAGGCAGUAGAAAGAGAAGGGUUGUGUUGGAUUUCUCAGACGAAGAAGCUGAAUAUAAAGAUGCUGUAAAUCUAGCAUCGCCAGAUCCCCCCAAAAGGCAAUCUUUUCUGAAUAAAGAGAGUAUUAAAUCCUCAAGUCCGGAGAAGAAUAAUUUGGCUACUGGCAGAGAAAAAGAUAACAAACUGAAUGUGAAGGAAGAUAAUGUAUCUCAGAAGUCUAAAGAACCAUCAAGGGAAGAUUCAUCCAUUGUCAGCAAAGGCAAGACUUCUGAGGUUUCCCCUUCAGACAACGUUCACAAUCCUGAAAAUAAUAUAAAAUCACUGGACAAAGUGAAUGAUGCUCCUUCAACUUCACCUAAGAGGAGAAAAGUAUUGAAGACUGAGAUUGAUGAGCGCGGGAGAGAAGUAACGAAGGUUGUUUGGGAGGGCCAAGAGACAGAGGCCAAAGCAGAUGGUAACACGGUCAAGAAAGAAGAUAAGCCGCCCUCAAAUAACAUCAGUGGAAACAGGCCAGAGGCAACUAAGAAGUCACCAGCUGUGGGGACCACGGCCCCAUCUAAAGCAGGAAAUAAGAAGGCAGGAAACCCCAAGGACCCCAAACAAGGAAAUAUAAUGUCAUUCUUCAGGAGGGUUUAAAUACCCCCACCCCAUCCGCCCCCCUUCUUUUUGACCUUUUUCUUUGUGUCUCCCUAGUUAUUAUGAGGCUGCUUCUAUUGGUUGGUUUUGUCUGGAUAUGUUACUUUUUGGGUUAUUGUUGAAAUUGAUUGGAGCAGCUGCUUUACUUGCUUGUCCAAUUUUAUGAAAAUAUAUAUUGGCUAAAUUUAUAAA